ACAAAUAAGUAUCACAAAUCGAUGAUUUGUUCAAAUAAAUGAUUUAACAUUUAGAGUUGAAAUGUACGAAUUUGUAACAUAACCAACAAUUUUUUGUACCACAACAAAAUGUUGAAAUUCUGUGUAUCGUCGAUUUUAAAAACGCAAAACGUGCAAAAAUCCGUUAUUAGGAAUGCCAGGUUUAAGAACAAAAGAAGGGAAGAUGCUGGCAUCAAGUAUCAAACGAGGUUGCUGGGUGAGACACAAGAGCUGGAUGAGCUCGAAGCAGAUUUCAAUGCCAUGAACAUGUCCCAUCGUCAGCACGAAAAUGAAAUUCGUGCAAUGAAGGAGCAAGUGAAGUAUCUUAUUGUGAAACGAAAGUACUUUGAUAAAGAGAAAACCCCCAACUUCCUCACAUGGGCUGAUAAAAUGCAGAUCAAACAUUUGCACUCCAAAGAUCCUGAAGAGUGGAAUGUUGAGCGUCUUUCCGAAGGUUUCCCAGCUCUUCCAGAAACUAUAUUGAAAAUUCUCAAAGGAAAUUGGAGUAAAAAGAAUGAAAAUAAAAUAAAGAAUCACGAUUUAGGUGUGAAGAGGAAUUGGAGGGAGUUCACUGCAAAAAAGUUGGAUUUACCAAAGGAUCUGGUGGAGCAUCUGCGACGGUUUACGAAUCGCAGCGCGAGUACCAACGAGUUCGUGGAGGAGGUGGAGCCCAAGAGACAGUUGCUGCGGAUUGGUGGAGAGUUCUCGGAAAUAAUCGGCAGUUACGAGCGGUUGAAGACGAAGGAGUUGCUGCCCGAAGUAAAAGAGGUCGAAGUUAAGAGGCCGCUGAAGGAGACUUACUUGAGCGAGAAUCAGGAGGAAUUUGAGGUGAAGCAGGAGAUGACGUUUUCCGCGUACAAGGAUAGUUUGCGAAGUAAAGGCGAGGCUGCGAACGACGUGGACAAGGAGAUAAUGAAGUCGGAGGAGUCCAAAGUGGUGGCGGAGACCAAAGAAAUCGAAUUGCAAGUGGCGAAGUACGUGAAUCGCAAGGGAUCGAUCAGCGUGUUGGAGAAGAAUGACAACAAGCAUUUGGUUUACCCCGAGAGGAUAAUCAUACCGGAAAAGCAGAGGAAGAGAGGUUCCACCUACAAACUGUACGAUUGCUAUUACGACGACGACGGGACAUUCUUGUAUCGUGUUCCAGGGAUGGAGUGAUAUAAUUAAAAUAAACUUGCUCGUAUUAUUAUCAAUUAAUUAAUUAAAAUUUAUUUCUUAACAAUCAACAUUAUUUCGUCUGUUAAAGUAAUGAUAUUUCUUGUAUUUUAUAGAGACUAAUCGUUUCUGGAAAAGGCCAUCAUCAAUCAGAUCGCUUGGACUGACACUAUUAUGUUUUAUUUAUAUAUAUAUUAUUACGUGGAAUCAUGUAAUAAACUUGAAUAAAUU